GAACCAACGAAAAUAUCUCUUCCUACUCCGUUAGUUAGAAUAUACGCCGCCGUACUCGCUACGGGUCCACAAGCAGAUUAAUAAUAUCUCGCCGUCGUUACGAUGGUUCGCUGCGCCGCCGCUGCUCUCCUCAUCCUCAUGUUCUCGAUCAUCGCCGCCUCCGACGCCCGCAGCUUCCUGAAACUGCCGUCCGACGCCGCUAGGUUCUUCCGCCCCGCCGCAGAGGAGAGCAGAGGAGCUGACCCCGUGGGAACUCGGUGGGCGGUCCUUCUAGCGGGAUCCAAUGGUUAUUGGAACUACCGCCAUCAGGCUGAUAUAUGCCAUGCCUAUCAGUUAUUAAAAAAAGGCGGCCUCAAGGAUGAAAAUAUAGUUGUAUUUAUGUAUGAUGACAUUGCGCACAAUGAAGAGAACCCCAGGAAAGGGAUUAUCAUCAACAGCCCUCAUGGUGGCGAUGUUUAUCAAGGAGUUCCUAAAGAUUACACAGGGGAUGAUGUUACUGUUAGCAACUUUCUUGCUGUUAUCCUUGGAGACAAAACUGCUGUUAAAGGCGGUAGCAAGAAGGUUGUUGAUAGCGGUCCAGACGAUCAUAUAUUUAUUUAUUAUUCUGAUCAUGGUGGCCCUGGUGUUCUUGGUAUGCCCACCAGUCCUUAUCUCUAUGCUGAUGAGCUGAAUGCUGCCUUGAAAAAGAAGCAUGCUGCUGGAGCAUAUAAAAGUUUGGUAUUCUAUCUAGAGGCGUGUGAGUCUGGGAGCAUCUUUGAGGGUCUUCUGCCUCAAGGUUUAAAUAUUUAUGCAACAACAGCUUCAAACGCUGAAGAAAGUAGCUGGGGGACAUACUGUCCAGGAGAGUUUCCUAGUCCUCCUCCAGAAUAUGAGACUUGCUUAGGUGAUUUGUAUAGUGUUGCCUGGAUGGAAGAUAGUGACAAACACAACCUAAGGACUGAAUCGCUGAAGCAGCAAUAUCGCCUGGUGAAGGAUAGAACUCUCAGUGGUAACUCUGCCUAUGGAUCCCACGUGAUGCAAUAUGGAGAUCUAGACAUCACCAAGGAUUCCCUUUUCCUGUAUAUGGGUACGAAUCCUGCAAAUGAGAAUUACACCUUUGUGGAUGAAAAUUCACUGAGAUUUUCAAAUAGGGCGGUGAAUCAGCGUGAUGCAGACCUUUUGCAUUUCUGGGACAAGUUGCGCAAUGCCCCAGAAGGCUCUGCAAGGAAAUCUGAAGCUCAGAAACAGUUCACAGAAGCCAUUUCACACAGAAUGCACUUGGACAACAACAUUGUGCUUAUCGGGAAGCUCUUGUUUGGAAUUGAGAGAGGUCCUAAGGUGCUGAACAAGAUCCGUGAUCCAGGCCUACCCCUCGUCGAUGACUGGAGCUGCCUCAAGUCAUUUGUGAGAACUUUUGAGCAGCACUGCGGGUCGUUGUCACAAUACGGGAUGAAACACAUGCGUUCAGUUGCUAACAUAUGUAAUGCGGGGGUCAGGAAGGAGGAGAUGGCGGAGGCAUCAGCCCAAGCUUGCCCCACCUUUCCUUCCAACACUUGGAGCUCUCUCCACAGAGGGUUCAGUGCAUAAGUUCCAGUGAAAUGUUUGGGGUUAUACACAUCACUUAUAAUUUUGUAUAAUGGCAGCUUUACUGCUUUCAUAUGCAUACCAGAAAUGUCCUAUCCUCUAUGUAAAAUCUAUGUCAAUACCUCUUCAUCGCAAUGCAUCUAAUAGCCACUCUCCUCUGUAAAUAGUCUUUACUGAACCUAUAGUAAAACCUUUGUAAAAUUCUUCCUAGUGGUUUUAAUGUUACUUUUGCCUAUAUCUCUUGAUUUUUUGUUUGUAUGAGAAAUCUCAAUUUGGGUUGUGGAAAGUAAUUUGAGAUUAUACAGUAGUUUAUCAGUU